CCUCUCUUUCUCUAUUUAUCGCUAUCUCCCACACACACACAGCCUCAGUACACCUCUACAGGAAUACCUCUCUACAGCUGGUGAUCUUCUCUGUGCAUUUUUACCAGGCAUAUUCUCACAAUGAAAUACUCGCUUUAUUUGUUUGCCAUCAGCGCACUUUAUCCUCUUUCUCAGGGAGACGUAGGGGAUUUCUCGCCCUGUGUAAACUCUUUCUACCGGGAUUGUCCACCCAGUGGGAUAGAGGGUACCCCCAUAUGCCAGAAUUUCAAGAACAAGUACCACUUCGCCACACUGUACAGCCGUGAGCGCCGGUCGCCGUGGUUCUCUGCGUACUUGUACACAACUCCAGCGGGUAAAAGGCCAAGGGGCUACUGGAAGUAUGAACCACAGCUGGCCAACUCCAAAGCCGAUGGUGCAAUGGUCCGUUUCCCCAGACCUCCUCACAAAGUGGACCAGAACGUGGUUGAGAGCCAGGCGGUGCAGCAGGACUACACCAAAUCCGGCUACACCCGCGGCCACCUCAACCCCAGCCUGCACCACCAGGACCGCAUCGACCGCCGCUCCACGUUCACCCUGACCAAUGUGGUUCCCCAGACUCAGGAGUCCAACGGCGGGCCGUGGGCGGCUCUGGAGAGCCACGUAAACAAGACGCUGAACCAGUAUUGUUUGGGCCGCGCACACAUUGUCACCGGCAUCAUUCCUUACAGGGUGGACCGCUGGCUGAAGGAGGAACACCGAGUGGCCAUACCCGAGUAUCUGUGGUCGGCUUACUGCUGCCCGUCCUACAGCCAGAACCUUCCGGAAAGCCUCAGGAAAACUUUCCCCACGUUUGCUGCCAUUGGCCGCAACGAUCCCAACAGCACGGAGGAAAUUGUUCCCGUUGACGGGACAAAGAUAAAGAAUGUCGGGUAUGACGUGAGGGCGAUGUCCCUUGCAGAUCUUGAGAUGUAUCUCAAAGAGAGAUACGGGAGCGAAAUUACUAUUUUCAGAGAUAAUUGUUUGGAGCCACAAGAUUAUCUUUGAUUUUGGAAUUGGAAUUGCAAUGUGAUUGGCCCCAGAGGAUAGAUGUGAAAAUGGUGCUGAGACUGGUAGACUACUAUAAUAAAGUGUAUGUCCUCCUUGAUAUAAGAAAAUGUUAGAUCAUGCAUUCAUGUCAUGGCACAUAUAAGAGGUGUUUACAGAAGACCAACACAUUAUAUAUAUCCUUUUUUCUUUUCUUCAAUGACUUCCAAACUUAACUAAUUUGAUACUGGACAGGUUUCUUUGUUGGAUAUCCAGCACUAGCUUGAUAAGCAGGCCUCUGUGUCCUGUAGCUUUGAUUAACUAGAGAGUGUGUUUUUGUCUGCCUCAUCUAUGUCUGCCUUUCCCUGUAUAAUGAGAUAAAUCACAUUGGGUUGAGUUGAACUGUGUGUAGAACUGCAUCAGUGAUGUGGAGAAAGCCAGUCAUACUUCACAACAUUUCUUCUGAGUUAUGACAAGGAUUUACCACUAGGUGGCAGACUGAUGCAGCAAUUUCCGCAGUUAUUGUUUGUUUCUGAUGUGAUUAGUCACAGUGAUGAGUAGUAUGAGUUUCUGUCUCUCACUGCAGGUUUUGCUUCUUGAAAAAUAACACACACAAAAUACACUCAUCAUGUGUGUGUACACACACUCACACACAUAGUAACACAAGUUAUGUGAUGCUUUGCUUUGACAUUACAAAAUGUUUGAUUUGCUUUGACAUAAUAAUAAAAGUUUUCUAAGUAUGUAUAA